GCCCGGGCCCCGCCCCGCCCGGGCCCCGCCGAGUCUCCGGUCGGUCCGGGACAGACUGGCCGGCGGGCGCUGACGCCGGGGGGUCGGAGCGGGCCGCGCGGGAGCGCGCGGUGGGAGCAGCGGUGCCGUCGGUCCCCGUCGGGGCUCCGUGGGACCCCGACCCGCCCCUGGCCUGGCAAUGGCGGGCGCCAGGCCCGGUGUCCACACGCUGCAGCUGGAGCCGCCCACCGUAGUGGAGACCCUGCGGCGCGGGAGUAAGUUCAUCAAAUGGGACGAGGAGACCUCCAGUCGGAACCUGGUGACUCUGCGUGUGGACUCCAAUGGCUUCUUCUUGUACUGGACAGGACCCAACAUGGAGGUAGAUACACUGGACAUCAGUUCCAUCCGGGACACACGGACGGGCCGUUAUGCCCGCUUACCCAAGGACCCCAAGAUCCGGGAAGUGCUAGGCUUUGGGGGCCCUGAUGCCCGGCUGGAGGAGAAGCUGAUGACAGUGGUGGCUGGGCCAGACCCAGUGAACACAGUAUUCUUGAACUUCAUGGCUGUGCAGGACGACACGGCCAAGGUCUGGUCCGAGGAGCUAUUCAAGCUAGCUAUGAACAUCCUGGCUCAGAACGCCUCCCGGAACACCUUUCUGCGCAAAGCAUACACAAAGCUGAAGCUGCAAGUGAACCAGGACGGACGAAUCCCGGUCAAGAACAUCCUGAAGAUGUUCUCAGCUGACAAGAAGCGGGUGGAGACGGCGCUGGAAUCCUGUGGCCUCAAUUUCAACCGGAGUGAGUCCAUCCGGCCCGAUGAGUUUUCCUUGGAAAUCUUCGAGCGGUUCCUUAACAAGUUGUGUCUUCGGCCAGACAUUGACAAGAUCCUACUGGAGAUAGGUGCCAAGGGCAAGCCAUACCUGACACUGGAGCAGCUCAUGGACUUCAUCAACCAGAAGCAGCGGGACCCAAGACUCAACGAAGUGCUGUACCCGCCCCUGCGGCCUUCGCAGGCCCGGCUGCUCAUUGAGAAGUAUGAGCCCAACCAGCAGUUCCUGGAGCGAGACCAGAUGUCCAUGGAGGGCUUCAGCCGCUACCUCGGAGGUGAGGAGAACAGCAUCUUGCCCCUGGAAGCCCUGGAUCUGAGUGCAGACAUGACCCAGCCGCUGAGCUCAUACUUCAUCAACUCCUCGCACAAUACCUAUCUCACAGCGGGACAGCUGGCGGGGACCUCGUCGGUAGAGAUGUACCGCCAGGCGCUGCUGUGGGGCUGCCGCUGCGUGGAGUUGGACGUGUGGAAGGGGCGGCCGCCCGAGGAGGAGCCCUUCAUUACACACGGCUUCACCAUGACCACGGAGGUGCCCCUGCGUGACGUGCUCGAGGCCAUCGCAGAGACCGCCUUCAAGACCUCACCCUACCCUGUCAUCCUCUCCUUCGAGAACCACGUGGACUCGGCAAAGCAGCAGGCCAAGAUGGCUGAGUACUGCCGCUCCAUCUUUGGAGACGCGUUGCUCAUCGACCCACUGGACAAGUACCCGCUGGCCCCGGGCAUCCCACUGCCCAGCCCCCAGGACCUGAUGGGCCGCAUCCUGGUGAAGAACAAGAAGCGGCACCGGCCCAGCACAAGCGCGCCCAGCAGCUCCGUGCGCAAGCGGCCGCUGGAGCAGAGCAACUCGGCCCUGAGCGAGAGCUCCGCCACCACCGAGCCCUCCUCCCCCCAGCUCGGGUCUCCCAGCUCAGACAGCUGCCCGGGCCUGAGCAACGGGGAGGAGCUAGGGCUGGAGAAGCUCAGCCUAGAGCCUCGGAAGUCUUUGGGCGAGGAGGGCCUGAACCGGGGCCCCGAUGCUUUUGGACCGGCUGACCGUGAGGAUGAGGAGGAAGAUGAGGACGAGGAGGAGCAGACAGACCCCAAAAAGCCAACCACAGAUGAGGGCACGGCCAGCAGCGAAGUCAACGCCACUGAGGAGAUGUCGACGCUAGUCAACUAUAUUGAGCCUGUCAAGUUCAAGUCCUUUGAGGCUGCUCGAAAGAGGAACAAGUGCUUUGAAAUGUCAUCCUUCGUGGAGACCAAGGCCAUGGAGCAGCUGACCAAGAGUCCCAUGGAAUUUGUGGAAUACAACAAGCAGCAGCUGAGCCGCAUCUACCCCAAGGGUACCCGCGUGGACUCCUCCAACUACAUGCCCCAGCUCUUCUGGAACGUGGGCUGCCAGCUCGUUGCUCUCAACUUCCAGACCCUGGAUGUGGCGAUGCAGCUCAACGCGGGUGUAUUCGAGUAUAAUGGGCGCAGCGGGUACCUGCUCAAGCCCGAGUUCAUGCGGCGCCCAGACAAGUCCUUUGAUCCCUUCACUGAGGUCAUCGUGGACGGCAUCGUGGCCAAUGCCUUGCGGGUCAAGGUGAUCUCCGGGCAGUUCCUGUCUGACAGGAAGGUGGGCAUCUAUGUGGAGGUGGACAUGUUUGGUCUCCCUGUGGACACCCGGCGCAAGUACCGCACUCGGACCUCUCAGGGGAAUUCGUUCAACCCUGUGUGGGAUGAGGAGCCCUUCGACUUCCCUAAGGUGGUGCUGCCCACGCUGGCUUCACUUCGCAUCGCAGCCUUCGAAGAAGGCGGCAAAUUUGUAGGGCACCGCGUCCUGCCUGUCGCUGCCAUCCGCUCAGGGUACCACUACGUCUGCCUGCGGAACGAGGCCAACCAGCCACUGUGCCUGCCGGCCCUGCUCAUCUACACGGAGGCCUCUGAUUACAUUCCAGACGACCACCAGGACUACGCCGAGGCCCUGAUCAACCCCAUUAAGCACGUCAGCCUGAUGGACCAGAGGGCCACGCAGCUGGCUGCCCUCAUCGGGGAGAGCGAGGCUCAGGCUGGCCCAGAGAUGUGCCAGGAGAGCCAGUCUCAGCAGCUGGGGUCUCAGCUGCCCUUGGGCCCCACACCUAGCCCACUGGACACCUCUCCCCGCCGGCCCCCAGGCCCCACCACCUCCCCCACCAGCACCUCCCUCAGCAGCCCAGGGCAGCGGGAUGACCUCAUCGCCAGCAUCCUCUCAGAGGUGGCCGCCACCCCCCUGGAUGAGCUCCGAAGCCACAAGGCUCUGGUGAAGCUCCGCAGCCGGCACGAGCGAGACCUGCGAGAGCUGCGCAAGAAGCAUCAGCGGAAGGCCGUGCCCCUCACCCGCCGCGUGCUGGACGCCUUGGCCCAGGCCCGGGCUGAGAGCAGGUGCCACCACCGGCCAGGUGUCCGGGGUGGGGCCACUGACGUGGAGGACAUGAAGGAGGAGGAGGAAGAGGUGAAGCGGUACCAAGAGUUCCAGAACAGACAAGUGCAAUGUCUGCUGGAGCUGAAGGAGGCCCAGGCAGACACAGAGGCUGAGCGGAGGCUGGAGCACCUGAGACAGGCUCAGCAGCGGCUCAGGGAGAUCGUCCUGGAGACACACGCGGCUCAGUUGAAGCGGCUGAAGGAGAUGAAUGAGAGGGAGAAGAAGGAGCUGCAGAAGAUCCUAGACAGGAAGCGCCACAACAGUAUCUCGGAGGCCAAGACAAGGGAGAAACACAAGAAGGAGGCGGAACUGACAGAGAUUAACCGUCGGCACAUCACUGAGUCAGUCAACUCCAUCCGUCGGCUGGAGGAGGCCCAGAAGCAGCGACAUGACCGCCUUGUGGCGGGGCAGCAGCAGGUCCUACAGCAGCUGGCGGAAGAGGAGCCCCAGCUGCUGGCCCAGCUGGCCCAGGAGUGCCAGGAGCAGCGGGCAAGGCUGCCGCAGGAGGUCCGCCGGAGCCUGCUGGGCGAGACGCCGGAGGGGCUAGGGGACGGGCCUCUGGUGGCCUGUGCCAGCAACGGUCACACACCCCAGAGCAGCGGGCACCUGUCUGGUGCUGACUCGGAGAGCCAGGAGGAGAACACGCAGCUCUGAACUUCUGAGCAAGAGAUGAGGAAAUGGAAGCCCAGAGCGAUGUCACGUGUGCCAGGCCACAGCUAAGAUGUCCUGACCUGGAGGCAGGGCAGGCCAGGACCCUCUGUGGCAGAUUGUCUCCGGCCAGCCUGGUGAACCUGCUCCAUGCCUCAGGACAGCGCAGAGCCAUGGAGAACCCACAGCCAGGGCUCCAGGGCGUGGCAGGGCCCCCGGCAGCAGGGUCAGGCUGGCACCUCUUCAAGGCCUCUCCCAGCUUCCUGGCUGUCCAGGGCUGACGGACUCCCCCCUCCAGAGGAAGGCAGCCUCUUAUCUUGGCUUAUCUCCUGCCAAUUGAGUGUUUGCUUUGCUUUGUUUUUGCUGCAGCCUCAGGCAAACAGAUGGGGUGGGGAGGCCAGAGAAACUCAUCCAGAGCAGGACUUUCUUGGGGCUCGACCUCUGCCCUGGGCCCUUCUCCCUCAGGGUCAAUACUACUGCCCAAGCCUUACGUGCUUCUGCCCUAGCCCCAAAUCCGCCCACCCUCCUAUACUCCGUGUCCAGGCCCCACAGCAGUCAACGUCCACCUUCCUGACCUGACUCCCCUCCAUUUGCGGAAACACUCCAUGUGGGCCUCCGGGUCCUCAAAAACCAGCUAAGCUCCCAACUCCUGGGGGUGACAUUCCAGCCCUUCUGAAGCCUGGACUCUGCUGCUCCCUCUGGUCCUUCCAUGGGUCCACUGUCCCCCAUGCUGGGAGUGACGGCCCCAUCCCUCACCUCACCUUCUGGUCGAAGCUCUAACUCGCCUCCUCCCUGAAGCCCUCCCUGACUUCCCCGCCGGAGAGAGCCUCUCUCACCUAGGUCGGGGCCCUCUGUUCUAGCUCUCCAUCCUCGCCGGAAAGCUUCUCCGAGCGAGGCUGUGGCGCAAUUCAUCUCUGUACGCGCACCACGAAGCCCGGGCCGGGGCUACAUUGGGCGCCAAUAAAUCUCUUUCGAGCUGA